AUACUGAAGUAAAGUACAAAUAACUCAAAACUGUACUGAGUAAAUGUAUAUUCCACCGCUGUUUUUUUGGAUGGCUCAGUAUUAAAAGGCCAGUAGAAGUGAGUCCAAUCAGUGUCCUUCCUGAAUAUUACAUGUUGUUGAGAGAUAAUUGUCCAAUGAUUUGAUUUAAUACAUUUGAUUUCACUUUCCUGCAUUCACUGUGAGUUGUGACAUGAAUGCAGCAUUUGUACCUAACCUCUGUAAACUGCGUAGUGCAGGAUAUUACAGCAGUAAUGAGGUCAGGCUGUGACUCAGUCCAGUUGUACUCUGGAUCAAAGCAGUCCUGUGAUGUAUGCUGUUUGUGUGUGUCGUGGGCGACCAAGGCUGAUUCAACAUAUCAGUAAAUGAUUGAUGCACAAAUCAGCGUCUGUGUCGUUAUGAAAUCCUACAAACACAGCAAACCCUGAUAUCCUCUCUGAACCGCUGGCAGUGAAACAUUGCUUGCCCAACACCAGCCAGAAAUAUGGAAACUGGGACAAAAACACCCUUCUGUGUAAAUAAUGGAAAAACCCAGAAGCUUGCAGCGCUGCCACCAGCAGCUUUUAUAAACGAGCAGCGGAACGAGGCUCAGUCUUCAUUAGUUUGGGGUCCUGCUUGGUGUUUUCUUAUUCCAGGUUUAUUCUGAAGCUUUUUCGUCAUCAUGAAUCUGUGGUUCAGCAUUCAUUUCCUGUUUGCAGGGUUGUAUUUGAGCAGCUCAGCUCCAACACCUGAAGAGUGCCAACAAUUGGUCAAGCCUUUGUCUCUGGACGACCACUCCGUGAUGCAUGGCAGGCUGAACUUCAUCUUGGGCUACACUGAUAGUGAAGUAUUUAACUCCAUCCUGAAGGUGACUGAGAGCUCCUGGAUGAAAAUCACCCCGUCACCGGAUGAUGCUCACAAAGUUCUGAUGUCUCAGGAGAACAAAAUGAAUGGAACCUGCAUUGGCUCAGAAGUCAACGUGACCAUCAAAGGCGACACUGCAGUUGGAAAAGUGGCCAACGUCACCUCAUCCUUCCAUGUGCUGGAGAGCUGCUCUGACUGUCUGGUCCUCAGCAUCAACAGCACAUCCAGAGACUUCAGCAGGGUUCUAGACACAAUGAAACUCAACAUCCCUGCUAAAGAGGAGAUCGUCGCCCGUGCCUUUUAUCUGUUUUCCAGAGAGUCGACCGUGAAGGACUCAGACCUGGAACAUGCCAAGAAGCAGGCGAGCUGCCUCGGCUUCACCAAAGAACCGGACUUCCACUACGACUCCAAGAAAGAGUUCUGCACUGAAGGCGAGGGCACCCGGCUAACAUUCACAUAAAGUAAAAAAAGAAAUUGUUUCAAAUUGAAAUUGAGGAAGUAAAGACAUAAAAAGUGAAACAUCAAA